CCUCAGUCAGUCAGUUCAGCUGCUAACACAAACUGAGAGCACACGUUAAAUAUAGAGCAGACGCUCACUCUUGACCAGAAACAAACAGGCUGAAGAAAGAAGAACUGAUUUUAUUGAAGCUAAAAGAAAAUCUCUCUCUCUCUCUCUCUCUCCUCAGUUCGAAUUCUUCCUCUCUCACCCUUUGAGCUCACAGACCAAACUUGGAGAGGACGAAGCUUCACACCGCUCUGCUACUGUGACUCCAACGUUGGCAAGAGAAGAGGAAAAAGAGUAGAAGAAGAAACUCAGGACAGAUGAACACAGUGAUGUUGUGAGAGCUGUCAGUGAACUCAUCACAGAGGACUGGAGUCAUUUUUGGGAUUGAACAGCUGACGUUCUGAGACCAGGUAGAAAAUGCGAUCUAGGAACUGCACCAUGGAGGGUCCAGAUGACGGACACAUCCAGCCCACUAAAGGUUUCAUCAAGCAGGAAGAGGAGAACACACCAGAGCUCACAAAGAGGAAGAUGAAGGUCCAGCGGGAGGAGAAGGACGGUAGGACGGCGGGGUCAGUGAAGAAAUCUCAGAAAUCUCCUGUGAGCAGGAAGACAGCAGCAGUGCUGGAUCUGUCAAAGACGGACCUGCUGCACCUGCUGGGAAUCAUGGAAGGAGAAGUUCAGGCCAGAGAGGACAUCAUCGGCCUGCUGAAGUCAGACAGAACCAAACCGGAGACUCUGGAGGCUCACUAUGCUUCGGCCGUCCCCACCAAACCCCUGCAGGCCCUGCAGAGAGACGGCCUGCUCAGCCUCAGCAACAACAGCACUGAGGACGUGUACGAAAAACCAAUGGCUGAGUUGGACCGUCUGGAGGACAAACAGAAGGAGACGUACAGACGGAUGCUGGAGCAGCUGCUGCUUGCAGAGAAAUGUCACCGGCGCACCGUCAUGGAGCUGGACAACGAGAAACGCAAACACACCGACUUCAUGAACAAGAGCGACGACUUUACCAACCUGCUGGAGCAGGAGAGGGAGAGGCUCAAAAGGCUGUUGGAGCAGGAGAAGGCCUACCAGACUCGUAAGGACAAGGACCACAGCAGGAGGUUGGAGAAAGUCAGAGCGGAGCUGGUUAAGCUCAAGUCCUUUGCCCUGAUGUUGGUAGACGAGCGGCAGCUGCAUAUCGAGCAGAUUGAUCAACAGAGCCAAAAGAUCCAGGACCUCACUCAGAAGCUGCAGGAAAAAGAGCAGCGUUUGGCGGCAGUCACUGACACCGCCAAGGAGGACAGUCAGAAGAUCCUCAAGUUGGAGGCAGAGCUGGAGCAUCGAGCAGCCAAGUUUGCACAGGAACACGAGGAGAUGACAGCCAAACUGGCCAAUGAGGAGUCCCAAAGCCGACAGCUUAGGCUGAAGCUGGCCGGGUUGGCACACAAGAUUGAAGAACUGGAGGAGAGCAACAAAGUGUUGCAUAAAUCAGAGGAAGACCUGCAAGAGCUGAGGGAGAAGAUCAGCAAAGGGGAGUGCGGAAAUUCUUCUUUAAUGACCGAGUUGGAGAAUCUGCGGAAAAGAGUGCUAGAGAUGGAGGGCAAGGAUGAGGAGAUAACCAAAACUGAGACUCAGUGCAGGGAGCUGAGGAAAAAGCUGCAGGGUGAGGAGAACCACAGCAAGGAGCUGAGGCUGGAGGUGGAUAAACUGCAGAAGAGAAUGGUUGAACUGGAAAAAUUGGAGGGGGCCUUCAGCAGGAGCAAAACAGAGUGCUCCACACUUCACACAAACCUGGAAAAAGAGAAACGUGUUGUGAAGGAUCUGGCUGGUGAGCUGGAGAUGGUGAAAACUCGGAUGAAAGAACUAGAGAGCUCCGAGUCAAAGUUUGAGAAGGCCGAAAUGGUUCUCAAGGAUGACCUCAUGAAGUUGAAGUCCUUUACAGUUAUGUUGGUAGAUGAGAGAAAAAACAUGGCAGAGAGACUGAAACAGGAAGAACAGAAAAGUGAUGAUUUGAGUAAGAUGUUCAAAGCAGAGCAGGGUAAGGUUACAGAGGUCACAGAGAAGCUGAUCGAGGAGAGCAAGAAACUUCUUAAAUUCAAAUCAGAAAUGGAGAUCAAAGUGUCCACCCUCAAUGAAGAGAAAGAAGAGCUAAAAACUCAACUUGCAAGCGAGGAAGAAAAGUGUAGAGAGAUGAAUGCCAAGAUUGGUAGUAUGAAAAUAAGAAUGGACGGACUUGAGGAGUCAGAAAGAGAAAUGCAGAGAAAGUGGUCCAACAAGGACAAUAACAGAAAUCCAGACGAAGACAAUAAAAUUAAAGAGCUUACACUAGAAAUUGAAAGACUAAAGAGCAGGCUCAAACAGCUUGAGGUGGUAGAAGGAGAUUUAAUGAAAACAGAGGAUGAGUAUGAUCUACUGGAGAAGAAAUACAGAACCGAGCAGGACAAAGCAAACACCCUGUCUAAGCUGCUGGAAGAAAUGAAAAGUCAAAUCGCCAGAAACAAAGCCAUAGAGAAAGGUGAGGUCAUGAGUCCAGAGGCUGAGCUCCGAAUUCGCUGCAAGAUGGAGGAGGCUAAAACUAGAGAGCUGCAGGCGGAUGUCCAGGCACUGAAGGAGAAAAUCCAUGAACUGAUGAACAAGGAGGACCAGCUCUCCCAGCUGCAGGUUGAUUAUUCUGUCCUCCAGCAGAGGUUCAUGGAAGAGGAAGAAAAGAAGAAGAGCAUGAGUCAUGACUUUGCCAACCUUACCCAGGAGCUGGAGGCCACCAAGCGCUACAGUCGAGCCUUGAGGCCCAGCAUGAACGGCACAAGGAUGGUCAAUGUCCCGGUUACCUCCACAGCAGUGCAGACAGAUGUGAUGGUCAAUGAGCCUGCUGAGGACGAGACGGCGGCAGGCUUUAUCCGGAAAUCAGUCCUCGAAGAGAACCAUUUAAUGAGCAACCUGAGACAACGGGGUCUUAAAAAGCCAACAGUUCUUGAACGAUACCCUCCAGCGUCAGCAGAACUUGGGGCAAGAAAAUCCUGGAUACCCUGGAUGAAAAAGAAAGAGGCCAUCACGCUCACUCAGACCGCUCCUGAGAAGACAAAUAGGGCAUCCUUGCUCCAUCCACCAGAGAUGACCAGGCCUGGCCAGCCACUGCACAUCCGAGUGACCCCAGAUCACGAGAACAGCACUGCCACCCUGGAGAUCACCAGCCCUCGAGCUGAGGAUUUCUUCUCCAGCACCACGAUCAUCCCAACUCUUGGCCUUCAGAAACCUCGCAUCACAAUUGUCCCUAAACCCACAACCGUGGCAUCAAAGAGCAAAUCCUGUGAGUUCACAGGAGGUCUUGAUCGGGCCAAAUCCCCGGUCACGAUUACCACCAUCUCAAGGGCCAAGAGUCCGGACAAGACCAACAGCUGUAGCUCAGACAGCCUUCAGUCACCAGUGUCCAUCAUCACAGUCAGCACCACUCCUGUCGCUGAAGUAUGUGCUUCACCGGAGCCUCACGAGGUCACUGCAGGCCGCACAGUCAUCAAGAUGACCCCAGAGAAACAACCUGGGCCAGCAACUUUCAGGAAAUACAACGGCAACAGCAACAUCAUCACAACAGAGGACAACAAGAUUCACAUCCACCUGGGUUCACAGUUUAAGAGGCCUUCUGAGGGAUGCAGUAGUCCAGUGUUGACGCUGAGGAGCUCAGAGAGCAGCAAAGAGAUGUCAACAGGAACGGUGCUGCGCUCCCCACGGCAACCCUCAAUGGGGAAGACGAUUCAGAGCAAAAUGACAAGCAGCAUAACAAUCACACCUGUCACAUCGGCGUCCUCCAGGCCGACACAGUCAGUGUUGCUUCUGAAAUGUUUCAAAAUGAAAUCAGGUGCUGUGUGCUCCGUAGAUAGCACUCUCUCCAGCCCGGUUCGGAUGUGCAGUCAGCUCGGAGCGCGGCCACAAGGAUCCCUAUGUCAAAAGGAACGGUGAUGGACGCCUUCGCAAACAGCCGACGCUGAUCUGAGAUCUGUGAUUGUUGAAGCGCCAAGACAAACAUCUCCUGGACAAAACAUGCAAAAAAGAUGCAAAAAAGUGCAGUUUGAAAUGAAUGAAUCAAGUGCUUUCAUACAGAAUACUCUCUAUGUGCUUUAUGCAGUUUGGUGUACAGUCAGAAUCUGAAAUGUUGAAUUCAGUUUGUCUAGACCAGGGGUCAGCAACCGUUUCAAUCAAAAAAGCCAUUUUUGACCAAAACUAAUUUUAAAAACAUGCCUGGGGCCGCAAAACAUAUUUGAGCCUUAUAGUUAACGUAAAAUGGCUUAUUAAGUAUAAAUAAGUCUUAUUUGUCUAAAUAAGUAUUUAUUUAUAUGUUUUACAACAAUGUGGCUACUCUACAGUGGGCUAUUUGUGAUUAUUUCGGACUUUAACUUGCUAGAGGUGGCAGUUAAAGCAAACAAAUCUUUUAACACGCUGUUAAACUUUCUUUUUUCCUCUGAGACUUUUGGAUUUGUAGUAAAUAACCAGCCUAGCAAGACAAGCCACAGUCAAAAUUUAGAAGAAAAGGUGCCAGGCCAUAGACGUAAGACACAAAUUUUACUUCAGUUUAAUUGAAUUAUUCAGUGUUUUUUUUCUAAAAGUGGAAAAUGUAAGUAUUUAUUUAGACCUAGAACAGAAAAAAAAAAAUUAAAAUGUGAAAAAAAUUAAUGUCCAUGAUUUCUUUUUUUGUGUGUGUCAAAGCCACUGGAAGCCACUAGAGAGGGGCUGAAGAGCCGCAUGUGGCUCCAGAGCCACAGGUUGCCUACACCUGGUCUAGACAGUCCAGGCUAUGUUUACACUGCCCACUUCUUUAUGCCUACAUUACUUUUCCCCCAAAACUUUCCCCUGUUUCUUUUUACAAAUCACGUUGAUCUACUUAAUGUACAAUUGAACCAGCAAACACAGAGAUUGCCAUCUGCAGUGAAUACUAUCAAGACAGAUAACAUUUUACUGAAUGAUGAGCUUGGAGUCGGGGUCUAAGGCUUGGAUGGAGAGCUGGGGCAGUGGAGGAGCCUGUAGCACUCUCCCCUCUCUUUUUAUACCAGGAACAGCCCCAGGAUCAGUCAGAUAAGAGACCGAUGAAAGAGUAAAAAUUUGCAGUACUCCAAAUGAAUCAUGAUGUGAAAACUCUGUUUAUAAAAGUCACACUGAAGGAAAUCUGAUGAAUUCACACAUGAAAAUGUUUUCCAUACGCUCUGUGUAAAAUUCAGUAAAAUAUAUAUGGUUGCUUAGAGAUUUACCAACCUAACUGACAGUGUCUGAUAUCAGAGAAAAUUCUUAAAUAGACCAUAUUUCAGUGGGGUUUGGUGGGAUGCUGAUUUACAUGACAGUUCAUGGAGAUUUAAAAAUAUGCUGUACUACUACAAAUGAAACAAUAGACUUUUGACUCAGUUUUUGAGGUCUCCUAAUGUUUUGUUUUGUUUUGUUUUUUUUAGUCAAAGGGUGCCUGUGUUUUAUGUGAAUUUGAUCAUUUGGUCUUGUACAGACAGUUUGUUGGACAGUGGCAAUGUAUGCUGGAUUUAAAAUUUGCUUUGGAAAGUUGCUGAAGUAUUUGAUUGUAAGGAAAGUAGUGGAAUGGCAUGUUGCUUUGAAGUGUAUUUGAAAAAAAUUAAAACUACAUUAUUUGUGUUAAUCAAAACAAACACAGCACUUGGGGAUUUUGAGUUUUAAGCAAUAUUUUAUUUAGAAAAGCGCCCCCCCCCCCCAUUUAUACAUGUCUACAUUAUACAUUAUGAUAUUUCUGACGGUUGGAACACUUUAGCAAGACCUAUGAUAAUGCACCAUAUAUGCACUUUGAACUACAGCAAUGGAUUUGUCUGAAAAAAUAAAUAAAUAAAUAUUACAAUAAACGCUGAAGCAUUAAA